AGUUAGCGUCACUUCCUGUACCACCACCUCCUUUGUCUGUGCCCCAGGUUUCGGUACGCAAGGCUGGUUAUUUAUUUAUUUCCUUUUUAUUUGGAGGAUAUAUUUUCAUAUAUCCAUUACUUUUUCAUUUAUUGAAUGACAGUCGACUCUGAAAUAUUUAUGCCUAAAAGCAAAGCGCCAAAAAUGGAUGACCUGGACUACAUCCCGGUAGACCUGAGUCCAGAGGAGCGCUCUGAGCUGGAGGACAUCCGUCGGAGGAAGGGAGCUCUGCUGCAGGAGAUCCAGAGGCUCAGAGACGAGCUCAGAGAGGCCAUCAUAGAGGUGGAAGGACUGGAGACCAGCACAGAGGGCAGUAAAACUCUACAGAAGAACAGGCAUGUGGCCAUGGGAAGGAAGAAGUUUAAUAUGGACCCCAAAAAGGGUAUUGUGUUCCUGGUGGAGAAUGAGUUGCUCAGACACACUCAAGAGGAUGUUGCCCAGUUCCUGUACAAAGGAGAGGGACUCAACAAGACUGCUAUAGGAGACUACCUGGGAGAGAGGGAGGACUUUAAUCUCAAGGUUCUGCAGGCGUUUGUUGACCUUCACGAGUUCACUGAUCUCAACCUGGUCCAGGCUCUCAGGCAGUUCCUGUGGAGUUUCCGUCUGCCUGGCGAGGCUCAGAAGAUUGACAGGAUGAUGGAGGCCUUUGCCCAGAGAUACUGUCACUGCAACCCUGGCGUCUUCCAGAGCACUGAUACGUGCUAUGUGCUGUCGUUUGCUAUCAUCAUGCUGAACACCAGCCUCCACAACCCCAACGUGAGAGACAAGCCUGGAUUGGACCGCUUCAUCUCCAUGAACAGAGGCAUCAAUGAGGGUGGAGACCUGCCAGAGGACCUGCUCAGAAAUCUUUAUGACAGCAUCAAGAACGAGCCCUUCAAGAUCCCUGAGGAUGAUGGGAACGACCUGACACACACCUUCUUCAACCCCGACAGAGAGGGCUGGCUCCUCAAAUUAGGAGGACGGGUGAAGACCUGGAAAAGAAGAUGGUUCAUUCUCACAGACAACUGCCUUUACUACUUUGAGUAUACUACAGAUAAGGAGCCCAGAGGUAUCAUUCCCCUAGAGAACCUGAGUAUCCGGGAGGUUGAAGACCCCAGGAAACCUAACUGCUUUGAGCUGUACAUCCCCAACAACCGUGGUCAGCUGAUCAAGGCCUGUAAGACGGAGGCAGACGGCAGAGUGGUGGAGGGGAACCACAACGUGUACCGCAUCUCUGCCCCCACACCUGAGGAGAAAGACGAAUGGAUCCACCACAUCAACUCUGCGGUCAGCGUGGACCCCUUCUAUGAGAUGCUGGCUGCCAGGAAGAAACGCAUAUCGUUAAAGAAGAAUGAGGAACAACCGUAGAACAUUCCCUUCUUCCUCUCUCUUCAUCUCUCAUUCCAACAUGGGACACAAGCCUUUCUCUCCUUCCUAGAUUAAUUUCAUUCCUCACUUUUUUUCCCCCUCUUUCUUUCUUUGUGAGGAGGACUUGUUGCUAUCCUGUUUAAGAGACUGGCCAGCACAAACCGGCAGUUCAGGAGUUCACCACUCAUUUACUACUGUCUGCUGCUGCUAGAGGCUGCUCUGUACGCUACCACACUACAAAGUGUGCACUACUACCCUAUAUACUACAGUUAGUUCACUCACUCAAAGCCUCCUUCUCGUCACUACACCUCUCCUUCCUUCUUUUCCGUGAAGUUGAAGUGAACUGUGAAAUAAAAUGUGUUUUAUUCAGGGUAGCAAGCAGGGCCACUGAACCUUCCAUCACAAACAGGCUGCAACUCAUCAGUCUGAAGUGACUUCCUCUCCAUCUGUAACUGAUCUAACAUUGGGGCAACGGUCCAGUUCUAACCGGUCACUGUGUGAAGGACAGAAUGCCCUGCGGCUGAGGAAGCCACUUUAACCUGUUAAGAUGCAGCACUAGUUGUCUGCUGUGCUUUACUCUAACAUCUUGGCUCCAGGUUAGCAUGUCUAUAUCAGCAUUAUCAAAGUCCCACUUUAAUACUGUAGCCUCUGUGAAGGAGAUGACGCUGGUCCUUACUGCAUAGACCAUAAAAAUGUCAUUCUCAUGUUAAAUUUGUUAUGAUCAACCAUCUACGGCGGGAAAUGUUCCCAGAAAAACUGACCAAUAAGGCAACAAUUGAGCAGUGAACACUAAAAGAUGACGACUCUUGUCAAUGACCCCUGGCGUUUCCUUCACAAGACUGUUAAUAAACUCCCUCAUACAGACACGUAAACUGUUAAACCCAACUCUAUAAUACGCUACAGUGGGUUUUAAGAAGUUACAACGGCAGCUUAUUACAAUGUAUACUUCAUUUUUUUGUAAAUACUUGUUAGACUAUUGUUUACAACACAGAUUUAAUUUAUUGUUUAUUUUUGUUUGUUACAUCUUUUGUUUUGUAAGAGCUACUGUAGAACUGCAUGUGGAGAUGAGGGUUAAUCCUUCAUACACCCAGAUGGACCAGACUCGUGUUAGUGUUGGGUGCAUUUGAGAAAGAUUGUUAGUGUUCCCUGUUGACACAAUAGAAUCAACCUCCAAUUGGAACAUUUAGAUUAUUCAGGACAGGAGAGUGAUGACAUCACAAAACAUUUAGGAUAGAAAUGUCUAAUA